CUCGCCUCCACCGUCCCUGCCUCCCGCGCCUCCACCGUCCCCGCCUCCUUCGCCUCCACCGUCCCCGCCUCCCUCGCUUCCACCGUCCCCGCCUUCCUCGCCUCCACCGUCCCCGCCGCCCUCACUUCCACCGUCCCCGCCGCCCUCGCCUCCUCCGUCCCCGCCGCCCUCACUUCCACCGUCCCUGCCUCCCACGCCUCCUCCGUCCCCGCCGCCCUCGCCUCCACCGUCCCCACCUCCCACGCCCAUGCCCCCACCCUUGUUUCCAACCCAGCCCUCCCCACCUCCCCUACUCCCCAUGCAACCUCUUCCGCCUACCCCUCCCCCUCCUACCCCAUGCAUUGUGUGUGUUUACUUGAGCUACGGAACAUACGACCAACGUCAAACCGACUGGGCCUUCCCGACGGAUGACGGUUGCAAAUGGCUUCAGGAUUCCAUUUCGAGUGACAUCAACGAAUCGGGUGCUGACUUUGCCCUGCCGUUCAAUGUCAGCGGCUGCCUUCCUUCCGAGGUGAAGACGUGCGGAAAAUUUGCCUCUGACGCUGAGGCUGCAGCCUACCAGCCCUUCUUUGACGCACAAAUGGCGGAAUGGCCAAACGUUAUGCUGGGGAGCCUCUGUAGCACGGACACCCUCAAUCAUUACAUAUUUAUUCAAGUGGUUGGGUGCAUUAUUUACCGGUAUGGUGGCGUGGCAGCAACCAACACUUUACUUGGGGAAGACUAUCAUGCAUGUUUAACGCCUCCGGCUUCGCCUCCACGCCCACCUUCACCGCCUCCUCCACCACCACCUCGAUUUCCACCGUCACCACUACCGGCGCCUCCUCAACCGCCGCCUUUGCCUCCCCUUCCACCGUCACCUCCGUCUCCGCCUCCAUCACCUCCCCGCCCACCCCGACGGCCUCCAACUCCCUCCUCCCCUCCUACCCCAUGCACGGUGUGCGUCUAUCUGGGAUUCAAAUAUGAUUCCGCUUUGGGCAUGCGGACAGACUGGGGAAUGCCGUUUGACAUUCACUGCCAAUGGGCUCGAGACAACUUUGCAAGUGAUAUCAAUAGCUUUGGUGCCAACCUCGCGGUGCCAUUUGAUGUCGAGUACUGCGGAGGCUGGAGGACGAAGGUAUGCGGGCAGUUUGUGUCAGAUGCCGAGGGGGCCGCUUACCAGUCCUACUUCGACGCCAGGCUUGAGCAGUGGCAGGGCUUCCUGUUGGUGAGCCCCUGCCCAUCUGACUUGGUGGGUUACACGGCAGAGGUCAGGGUGGCUGGACCCACCUUUGGUUUCAUGGAUACGUCCCCAACGUGUGUGAGCGGCUACAGCAGGCACAUCUGCGCAGCUCCGCCACCCUCACCUCCGCCUCCACCUCGGCCGCCCUCUCCCACCACUCCGCCCUCACCUCCCCUACAGCCGCCUUCACCCCCUCUGCCGCCCUCACCUCCCCCGCUGCCACCGUCACCACCCCAUCCACCCUCACCUCCCCCGCUGCCACCUUUGCCUCCCCCCUGGCCACCUUCGCCUCCCCCGCAGCCGCCCACACCUCCUCCACCGCCGCCAACACCUCCCAUUCCGCCUUCACCGCCCCCACCACCGCCUUCGCCUCCCCUUCCGCCAACACCUCCACCACUGCCUCCCGCACCUCCCCGUCCACCACCACGCCCUCCAAAGCCGCCUUCGCCCCCUCGUCCACCCUCACCACCCCGUCCUCCACCGUCACCUCCUCCACGGCCGCUAUUACCCCCUCGGCCUCCUUCACCUCCCCCACCACCACCGACACCCCCACGGCCACCUUCACCUCCCCCGCGACCAUCCCAAUCUCCGCCACCCCCACCAUAACCCCACUCCACCACCACCUCCCAAUCCCUCACCCCCACCGUGACCUCCAUCGAAGGAUGUCCCUAGCAAGAGAUGCUGUCCCUAAUUUUUGAAUGUACGGUAUGUAGAUAGGGCACCUUGGGCUUGGACGCUGCAAGUGCGCACCUUGCUUCCUUUGUAGCCCUACAAGUAAGGGACCUCAAGUACAGCAGUCAGGAAGAACGCACGAAAGCACGGACAGGACGGUGGGUAGGGACAUUCGUGUUGUUGGGUUGCAUGUCAUGUACCGGUAUCAAUGUUGUGCUGUUCGGGCGGGAGGAUGGUGCUACAAGUGCUGCUUGCUACUGCUUGCUACUGAGAUGCUACCGAUAGCUAACGGACGAGAUAUGUACGGACGGACAAGCCUCCGUGCAUGUACGGCCAAGCGGGCGUGUCCAUAAAUGCAUUUGUUCUGCGGAGCCGCCUGCAUAAGCAAGGUGGAACGCGUUCCCAUGAUGAAGCAUGUGCGUGCAUAGCAUCCCUAGAUGGCUAGCUAGUUGCUUAGUACCGGUACUGCUUUCGCUAUUCGAAGUCUGCUGCUGGAGAUGACGUCUCCUGUGAUAACCAGCCAGCGCUGGGGCGCAGCAGCAGAAUGGCUGUGGUGUAUGUAUGAUUGCCUUACUUGCUCCGAAAACAGAUAGACGUUUGGUGUGUCGUACGACUGUUGGGACGGACGUUUGGUUUGUCAUCCUGAUCACCACUAACUCGGUGUGCCGUUUCUUAGUCUAGGGGGCAGGAAGGCUGCAGCAGGUGGUACUACGUAGUUGGCUGGUGCAUGCACACCGUUUAUUAGCUAGGACGUACUAGUAGGACCUCCAUAUAGUAGGACGUCCAUCUAUCCGUGCUCCCGGCGCGUGCGGCGGCAUUUGUCUGGUGAUUACCAGUACGCAUGCCAUGGAGUUGGGUGACGUUGGAGGUAGGAAAAGUUGGGUGACGUUGGAGGUAGGAAAAGACGACAGCCCGACAGGCAACGUUUAACAGGACACGUAUGUAUGUGCGCGUGUGUGUGGCACCUUGCACUCGGACGGAUUGCAGCAGCCACGGUACGGCCAAUGUACUAUGCUGCGAAUAUUGUGUGUUAAAAUAACUGGCCGCGAGGCGAAACGUACUGUGAUUAGACGUGUACGGACAGACGGUGGGACUUGGAUCGUUUGCAAUUCGUUUAGUCGACAUGCCUUGGAUGGUAGCAUGGCUUGCUUCCUAACGGGGUGCCCUAUCCUUACAGGGGGAUCUGUCGUUAGGUAGCAUGCCAAAGGCGCUUGCUUGCUUCUUGCUUGACUGUGUUGUAGGCAAGACAUGCUAGCUGCAGUACGGGUAGGGGGCCGGUCUGAAUCGUCGUUUAGGCUUGAAAGCUAUUUGUUCGGGGCCUUACCUCUUGACUCGCUGAUGAGCAGGUUAUAUAUCACGCAGCAGGACUGGAUGGCCUCCAAAACCUAAAUCAUCUAGCAUUCUGUGCUGGCAUCGUGUUGAAGAGGACAUGUUUGAGAGGGGCC